GUCUCCUUAUCAGGAAGGUCACAUUUAUAAUACUUGCUUAAUACUUGCUGCACUAAAGUUAUUUUGGCCACAGGAAGUGCACGUCCUCUGGUCUGAAACUGAACUCCUUUAGAAACCCAAAUGCAAACAGAGCUUAUAAUAGCCCUCCUGCAGACUCCUCCCACUGAGUUGUCCUGGGAAACACUAACAACUGUAAGAAAGUGGACUCAGUUCUCCUGUUUCUGAAAGGGGGAGACCACGCCGCCGCUCACCCAUUUCACUCCACAGAAUAAACCUUUUAAAAGGACAUUUCGGCCCAGCUUAAGACACUGCGAGUCCAUCCAUUAGGAGGAAUAUUAUGCGUCCAAAAGCUGCCACUACUUCUUCCCACUGAGCUCCAUCUGCUUAAGUGUCCAGGGACAUGAAACUCAAUCCACAGCAAGCUCCAUUGUAUGGACAGUGUGUUAUCACAGUGCAGCUCGCUGAUGAAGAGCUGGCUGCGGAUGAGGAGGGCGUGGACUACUUCCUGCUGUUUGCUGGCAGUACACAAAGGCACCUGACCAGCACCCUAAGGAGCAGUCAUGACACCUUGCAGGCAGUGUGUCCUGCUCAUGACUGCUGCGAGGCGGUGCUGGUCACCUUGUGUUCUGUCAGCCAAGGUGUCCCCGAUGCCCCUGUGGACCCAAAGACCCGCUUGGGUUGCGUGGCUCUGCUGGCCGAGCAUCGAUUCAACUUUGUCCAGGAUUUGGCUUUUGACAUGGCCCAGUUCCUGGUGAGCACGGCAGGCCGGGCCGACGGCCUCGAUGGGGCACUGCUGCUGGAUGAGUGUCAGAUUCCCCUGCAGGAGUGUGAACGUCUGGACGAGAGCCUGGCCCUGGCCCUCCACCACCUCGUACUGCCUCCAGGAUGGAGCCUACUGGGAAACAAACAAACCAACAGCACUGACCUGAAUCCUCAGGAGACUCUGCUGCAUUUCUCAGCUCGUCGAGGUCUAUUUCGGGUUGCGCACUUCUUGCUGCGGCAGUCUGGAGCUAGAGAAGCCCUGCAAUUGGCCAACAGACAAGGCCACACCCCGUCCGCCAUCGCAGCCUUACGAGGACACGGACGUCUCUACGAGCUCCUCACAAAGGCUGACACAGACACAGAGGCGGAAAAAGGGAUUGAGGAUGUCCACCUGGUCUCUACAGACGCCCGGGUGAUUUGCCACCUCCCCAGGCUGAACACACACACUCUGACGCUGAGAGUCCGCCCUGGUUGUGAACCUCAGACCCUACAGAGUAGUGUGGAGCAGCUGUUACACUUGAUAUGCCAUCUCCAUGCCAAGGGAGUUUCUGUACUGGAGCUGCGGUUUGAUUCUCUGCACACAGCUGCUGAAUGUUGUGAUGGUAUUGAGGCAGAGAUAACCUGCGUGGAGCAACUACAGCGCUGUGCAGCAGCUACAGAGUGCUUGGAUACAACAACUGAAAGCAGCUGGGAAGAAAACUGCCCAGCGGAAAGCAACAGAACUGAUUGUGGACAUGGUGAGACUGGGAAUGCAGAGAAAGACUGGAGUUUGUCUGUGAGUACUCCAGCAUCAGAAGUACGCCCCCAGGAGUAUGGCCUCGGCCCCCCAGAGGACCGGGUGUGUCUCAGUUCAAACACUGGGAGAGAUUACGGCCACACGGAGGAGGAGGAGGAGGAGGAGGGAAGGGAACAGCCUGUAGCUUCGACCCAGAGUUUGAGUUUGUGUAAUUGGAGUGAAGGAGCACAAAGUGCGGCAGAGGGGGCAAACCUCACUGUGGGAAUCCUACCACCAGCAAGCUGUGGUAAACAGGCAGAGGAAACUGAUAGAGGAGAGGCUGUGAUCCAGGAAGGACAGGAGGCCACAAAGGGAGAGGACAGAUCUGAGCAGGAAGAAGAGAACAGCACAGCCAGGAGAAGGGAGGAGGAGACCAGCUCAGAGGCAACAGUUCUAAUAACACCCAGUGGAGACACGAAAGCUUUAGUCAUGGGCCAGUCCCCGUCGUCAGAGGGCUCAGAGGUUUCAGACAACUCUGAUUCUGAAUUGAAGGACUGCUCUCAGGAAGGGGAGACUAUCAGAAAAGAAGAGAUGAAACUUAGCGAGGAGCUCUGUGACGGACUUUCUUUACACGAGGAGAAAGCAGAGCAUGAGGGGUUAACAGACCCUGUAUCAACCCCAAGGGACCUCCCCAACCCAUCGCUGAUAGACUGCGGUGAUGUAAUCGAAGAGCCCGAAUCUGCUUUUUCACGUCUCCUGAUAGAGGGCCUCCACGAGGGGGAACCUCCACCAGACAUAAACAACCUGGAACAAAACCAGGAAACAGCUGGUAGGGAUUACGCCACAGAGCAGCAGUGGGGCUUGGCUCCAGAAACUGGUUGUCAUUCUGGGAAUUGUACUGAAACAGUGAGUGGUAAGGAGCUAGAUGGUGAAGGCAUAGCUGAACCUUCUGAAUGCAGUAUAGGAAGCACCACUUUGCCAAUGGAUGAAACUGACAAUACAGCUGAUUGCUGGACUGCUAGUAAGCCCAUUGAAGCUACACGGAUUGAUAAAGUCGACUGUGAGGAAUCACCAGAAAUUAUGCCCAGCUCUGAUGAGAAACACCCUGAUCUAGAUUCAUGUGUGGCCCAUGGCCUCUCCAGUGACGAUGAUGGCAGCUUCCGAUCAGUUGGAAGCUCCACAACAGAAAUAUUCCACCCCACUCAAGAUGAUGCCACUAUGGAGGAGCAGGAAUUGAUCCAAACCAAGGUAGCAGAACUGAUGGAAGAACCAAAUGAUAUGAGACCCAGUGAAAGUGAUGAACAUUCAUCCUUCGUGGAUGCAGGGCUCCCCUUGGAGCCGGGACACUGUCAGUGCACUUACAGUGACGGACCAAACUGGCACUGAGCCCGAAUCACAACUGCCACCCAGCC